UCCACACAUAGAUGUCAGUUAUGUGAUGUGUCAUUUCUUUGUUGUUAUUCCCAAGUAAACAUUAAAGCAUUUGUCCUAUUUUUUAUGUCAUAGACGUUUUGUCUUCAAAUAUAAGUCAUGGAUUCUGAUUCGUUUGUCUCCAUGAAACAUAACGUGGAAUUUACAAGUAUUUUGGAUCAGUAUUCGUGCAAUGAAGACUUGAUUGUUAACUUUGAGUUUGGAGAUUACGUGCCACAAGACGGAGACAGAAUUGCGAUAUUCAAACUGGGAUGGUCAUCUGUUAGAGAUUAUGUAUGUUUUGAAUGGGUACCCACUAAAGUCAUCAACAAACGUUGUCAAGUUGUGUUUAAAAAGAAUGUGUUACCUAAAAGUGGGCCAGAUAUGUUUCAAAUCUGUUACAUAAAUAAAGACAAUGAAUUGCAUGGUGCUAGUUCACCUUUUCAAGUCAGUGUUAAUGUUAACCCAAUGACCACUUCUGUAGAAAGUAAAAAAUCACUUGUACUAAUUGAUAAGAUCAAGGAUGAGGAAAUAUGCCGAUUAAAACAAGAGAAUCAAAUGUUAAUUGGGGCUUUGAGACUUGUGGUUCAGCAGGAGAAAAGUUAUCAACAGGAAGUCAGUAAUAUGAAAAGUAUCAUGGAUAAACAAACAGAAUGUAUUAAAAAUUUACAAAUGGAAAUGAAGCUGAUUAAAGAGCAGUUAUUUGGUGGAAAUCCUGCAAAUGUAAUGUCAUUUGAGAAGAAACUAGAUGACCUAAAACAGAGAGAGAAUGAAAAAGUAUUAAAGGCUAAUAUGGACAUUGGUGAUCUUAAAAGUAUUCCACCUUGUCCAUUUCAAUAAUUGUAUUAUAAUGUAUUUUAUGUUUAGUUUAGAUUGACUAAGUUCUAUUUAUAGUUUGUAUUUUUUGGAUAAAUGUAUUCGUUCUGUGUUGUGUUGUUGUGUGAUUUAUGUGCACUGUAUGUAUAUAUAUAUAUAUAUAUAUAUAUAUAUAUAUAUAUAGAAUAAUAGAAUGUUUUAGAUUUACUCAUAUACUCUUAUUAGCCUUAUUUACUAUAUUAUUAUAAAAGUAAAGUCUUUAAAUAUA